AAAGAGCAUGUGGUCAGUUUACCACUCCAUUUACGGAAUCAGCUGACAUCUGACUGGUGGCCACAAUCCUCCCAAGUACUGCUGUCUUGAUGAGGUAGUUGCCUUCAGCUGGGACCACUCAGCACCUGGGAAAAGAGAGGAACAGCUCCACCUGCUGGAUCCUGACACUACCUCCCCCUCAACAGUCACCCCCAGGCGACCGACCCGAAGAGGAGGCAGACCUCCUCUCAAAGUCAGUAAUGAGCUGAGGGUCCAGAAUAAAGGACCCGGGAACCCAUGAUCACGCCUCUGGACCAUAACCUGUCCAAUCCACCAAAUACUGGUGGCCUCGGCCUCGACGACGGAUGUCCAGGAUGUGGUUCAAGGAGAACACAGUCCUCCAUCCACCAUCCAAGGAUGGAUCUGGAGCAGUAUUGGGCAAUAGUGAAGGUAGGUAGCCCAAUGAGGAUUCAAAAGGGGAUUUGCCAGUAGCUGCGUAAAUAUGGGCGUUAUGAGCAUAUUUGAUCCAUGGUAGGAAAAGACUCCACUGACGAGGGUUAGAGGAGCAGUCACAUCGAAGUGAGUCUUCAACCUCUUGGUUGAGCCGUUCACUCUGCCCAUUGGAUUCUGAGUGGAAACCUGAGGACGAGCAAGGUUUAGCCCCCAAAGAACGACAAAACUCCCUCCAAACUUGAGACGAGAACUGAGGAUCUCUGUCUGACACUACUUCAAGAGGAAUGCCAUGAAGUCUGAAGACGUGAGAAAACAGGAGCUUGGUGGCCUGGGCUGCAGAAGGUAGCUUGGAUAGGCAGGCUUUGGAGAACCUAUCAAUGGUGGUGAGUAUGACUGUUUUACCCUUUGAAGGAGGAAGGCUUGUAACAAAGUCUUAAGUGAUAUGAGACCAGGGUCUUGAGGGUAUAGACAAGGGCUGGAGGAGGCCAGAAGGAGGUCUGUGAGUAUUUUUAUUUCGGUUGCAUGCGUGGCAGGCUGACACAAACUCCCUGACAUCUUUAUUUAAUCCAGGCCACCAAAAGUAUUGACGAAUGUAGGCAACUGUUCUGCUGACCCCUGGGUGACAGGAAAACUUGACUGACUGACUUGCGACCUGACUGAGGAGGGAAUACACCGUCUACCGGGCGGACCACCCCCAGGACUGGUCUCAAGCUGGGGGGCUGACUCGAUCUUGUGUUCCAAGUCCCAGGAGAGGCUGCCGAUUCUCCAGGUAGGUGGUGAGAUGGAUUCAGGAAUCUCAGGCUCAGAGUCUGGAGAGAAAUUACAAGAGAGGGCAUCAGGUUUGACAUUUUUAGAACCAGGUCUGUAGGUGAUGUUGAGGUUAAAUCUUGAGAAGAACAGGGACCAGCGGAAUUGUCAGAGGUUGAGUUGCUUGAGUUGACAACCAUCUAGAGCAGAUACACUGAAAGCUUGAGUUAGAGGUUUUACAGGGAUGGCAAGUUAAUGGACUAGCUGAGGAGAGAUGAGACAUUGUUCUGAACCUGAGUCAAUGAGAGCAUGAAUGGAUGAACUCUGAGUCUUGAUGAUUAUAGUUACAGGGAUUAAUAAUCUGGGAGAAGUUGUGGAUUUACCUGUCAGGACACCCAGUUUUACCGAUGGGCUCUCUCUUUUGGGCGAAUAGGGCAAGUGGCGAUGAGUUGUCCCAGGGCUCCACAAUAUAGGCAUGCACGGCUUGUCAUACAUUGCUGCCAUUCAGCCGGAGAUACCCAAGCAUUUCCGAUAUGCAUGGGUUCGGGCUCUUCACAGGGAGCACUAGCCCCUGGUAUGGAACCUGGAAUGAACUGAGGCAUAGGAACCUGAGAGCGAGAGGGGGGAAAGUUUCUGGUUCGGGUAGCUCUCGCAUGCGUGAGUCUAUUUUUAUGACCAGUUUAAUCAAAUCCUCCAAAAAAUGUGGUUCAUCAGGGGUAGUGAGCUCAUCCUUUAACUUCUCGUUGAGGGACCGUGAGAAUGCUACUUUCAGAGAUGGGCGGUUCCUUCCAGAUUUGGCUGCAAUGGUGCGGAAGUCAAUUGCUAAUUCAGCGACUGAUCUAUUUCUUUGUUUUAAACUCCAUAAACGUUUAGCAAUUUCCUCUUCGCCGAUCCUAGGGCAGAGGGUUAACUCAAACUGAGUACUGAAUUCAUGGAAAGUAACCGUAGCGAGAUCUGUUUGGGAGAAUCGGGCGUUUGCCCAUUGUAAAGCGCGUUCUCUAAGCAGGGCGACCAUAUAGGAAAUUUUGUUGGCGUCUGUUUGAAACUGAGUGGGUGAUCUUUCGAAAGCCAGAGCACAUUGUAGAAGGAAUCGCUUACUUUUACUUAGGUCUCCUAAAAAAGUUCUGGAGGAGAGACUACUUCACGGAAAGCUGAAGGAGGUGGCUGCGUGGCGGAAGCGGUGGCAACGGAGCUGCUCUGAGUGGUGGAUCCGGGUAGAAUACUGGAGUCCGUUUAACAGGUGAGUUAUUUGGCCAACGUUUUGUUGAUAAGCCUGAUUCUGACGAACUAAAUCCUGUAAUGACGUCUCGUGAUGAUCCAACAUUACUCCUUGCGCAGUGAGAGCCAAGCGUAACUGUGCUGCAGAGUCAGAAUGGUCAGCUGAUUCUGUCAUUUUUCGGAAUGAGUGACUCUUAAGCAGACACAGCACACUCGGACUCAGAAACAACUUUUUCUUAAAACAGUUUAUUUUCUUCUGGAUCAGAGGAAUCGAGAGACCAAGAGACAGACAUCCAAACAGUGAAGACGUGGAGAAGAGAACUUGGAUGUAUGAACCAACGAGGAACUUCCUGGGUCUUUCAAAGACGCGGAAGAGAUUGCUGCAAGGAACAGAGAGAAUCACAUCUUGCUGCUCCCUGAUUGGCUGAGCUCUGACAUCACUAAAAUGGCUCACCUGUUCCUCGCCAGUAAGAUCACCAUGCCCGAUGACCUCUAUAUAAAAGGAGGAGCCAGAAUCCAGAGGAACACCCCCAGGAUACCAACGUCCAUCUCUGCAGAGAAGCUGGGUCGAGACAGGGCCAAGAAAGACCAAAGCGUUGUCAUGACAACCUGUGUUCCACACAUCAAUGAGGUUCAGCUGACAGCAGCUACCGGAGGAGCUGAGAUGUCCUGCAACCGCUGCACGGUUCCAUUCGGCGUGGUUGUCCUCAUUGCUGGCAUUGUGGUGACGGGGGUGGCUUACACCUUUAACUCCCAUGGUUCCACCAUCUCGGUGCUAGGACUGGCACUGCUGUCUGUUGGACUGGGUCUGCUGGGGUCCAGCGCCAUCUGCUGGAGGUUCCGACAGAAGAAAAAGAAGGACAAGAGGCGUGAGAGUCAGACUGCUCUCAUGGUGAGUCAGGGAUACAGCAUAGCCUGAACGCACCAAAGAGGGAAACAUCUCAAUGACUGGACCUCCCUCAUUUUCAUCUCUUCGCUUCGUUAACCAGUUUGAGACAGAGACUGGACCAAUAGGUUGCCAAAGUGGUUCUGACUUUUGUUUCAGCAAAUCACUCUGCAGAAACCAGAACCUGGAAAAGCCUCCUCUGUGGAAGCAAACGAUCCCAAUUUUUUCUGAAGGCUGUCUGAACCAGAACUUCCACUCUGACCAGUUUCAAUGUUCAAUCCUUUUGCUUUAGGAGUAGUCCUAAAACAAUCUACUGUGAGAACUUCAGUCAUAAUGGAUGACUGACUGUUUAUUAGAGGUGUGUGGUGAAGAUGUUUGGAGGCUCCUCUGAUUGGAGGACAGAAGCCCCAUGAUAGCAGAUGGUGUCCACGCUGCAGAAUGUUUUAACUCCACAGUUAAAGUUAUUAUUAAUGAUGUACAGUCCCUGUCCAUAAUAAGCUAUAAAACAGUUGAAAGGUACUUUAGUAAAAUACUUUCCUUGCUGAGACAUGUUGUUUUCAGAUUGUCUUGUUUGUGACCUCCGUUUGUUCCUCAGUGAUUCUGUUAGUCUUUAAUUUUUUGAUGAACUUGAAGAAGAAUAAGUUAUCAGAUUAAUGACGGACAGCAUGUCAGCUGAGAGGAAUAAAACCUCAUGAUGUUUUAAGAGAAAUAAGGAAACUGUGAGCAAACUUUUCUAAACAAUAACAAGUAACAAAUUCAUUCAGUUGAUGAAGUCAUUGUGUGUUCAUCUCUGUCCAGCUGAAUCGUGAGUUCAUUCAUUCAUCUCUCACAUAAGUCCAAAACUGAUUUAGUGAAACAUAUCUGUUUUACCUUCACUGGGCUGUUUCCUUCAGUUCUUUUGCCUGUGUCAGUUUCAGUGCAGAGAAAUCAACAUCAAAUCUCCUUCACUAGUUUUCUUCCUCAUCAGUGGCCUAGAGGUAUGAAUGACUGCCCUGAGAGGAGAUCGGGGUUCAAAUCCCGGUCUGGUCAUACCAAAGACUUUAAAAUUGGGACCUAAUGCCUCCCCACUGACACUCAGCUUUAAGGGGUUGGAUUGGAGGAUAAACCACCAAAUAGAUCCUGAGCGCAGCCACCACUCCCAACGGGAAUGGGUCAAAUGUGGAGUUGAAUUUCACCAGUGUGUGAUGACUAACAAGACUUUAACUUUUCCUUUAUCUUUGCGUGCCCAUUAAACCAAAACGGCAACAGCUUUAAGAACAUUUAACUUUGUUAAAUAUUAAGAUGUUCAUGAGGUUAAUCAUUUAUUCACAUAAAAAGGUAAAUGGCCUGUAUUUGUGUAGCGCCUUCUUAGGGUUCUACAACCCCCCAAGGUGCUUUACAACACAAUCAGUCAUUCAUCCAUUCACACCCUGGUGAUGAUGAGCUAUAAUGUAGCCACAGCUGCCCUGGGGCACACUGAUGAAGGCAAGGCUGCCAAACACAGGCGCCACCGGUCCCUCCGACCACCACUAGCAGGAAAGGUGAGUUAAGUGUCUUGCUCAAGGACACAACAGUAGCGUUCUCUGGCGGGAGCUGGGAUUGAACCUACAGCCUUCUGAUUACUGAACAACCUCCUGAGCUACAGGUCACUGUUGCGCCUCUGCAUUCGGUCAUGAAAUAAGUCAUUAAUGAAUCCUAAACCAACUGAAGCAAUUGGUGGUGUGACAGAGUGGCAGAUUUGUCCGACAUUUCCUGGAAAGGACUCGGUGAAUCGGCAGCAUGAAAGCAGAUCAACAGGUCAACAGGAAGGACUUUCUGCAAGAACACUGCAGUGACUCCCCUACAGACUGGGUGGAGUGACAGAUGAAGAGAGAAGGAAAGCCACUGAUCUUUUUUAGAUUUUGUUACUUUAAAACCAAGAAUCACAAGCUUCUGUUGUUCGUCCAACAGGUCAGAGACACGAUCCAAAUGCAGUCAACAAAUCUGUAGUGAAUAAAGUCUGAAAAUCUGGUUUUAUUUGGAGUUUUCUGGAACUACAAAUAAGGAUCUGGAGGAUAGAGUGUAUUUUUCUAGCAUUUCACAGAAAUCACAAGGAGCGUCUUAAUAACAUGCAAGUAAACAUGAAAAUGGUUUCAAAUAAAUAUAAAAAACAAACAUUAGUUCUUAAUCGUUGAGGAAUUGUCUGGGAGCUUAAUUACAGCAACCAUAACAGAAAAUCAGACAGGAGAGGCAAUAACCUAGAAAUUCCAUCCAUAACCUUAAACUCAUGUACUGCAUAUGAAGGUAAGCUAGGUUGGAACGUCAUUAAAAGUCAUAUGUGGACAAAAAUACGAUGCUUUGGGGCAACUUGUGCUUGCAGUAGCAUCGUUAUGAUAAGACAGCUGCAGCAGCAGAUGACACUAGUGAUGUGAAGAUGUGGACGAUACACGAUGCUGCCGAAUCUCUGCCGGAUCCAUAAUGAGGAAAGAAGUGGGAGAAGUUGUCAGUCUGAGUGACCUCAGAGGCCCAGCAGCAGAGCUAAAACGUUCACAGGUAGAAACAGAUUCAAUUCAAACUUCUGACUUUUUACUCUUUAAUUUCUAGAGCAAUGAAUACUGUUUGUGGAUCGUUUAAUCUCAGAAUAUAACAUUAAAUUCAAGUUUCUGCUCAAAGAAACAAAUAAAACUUUUAAAACGAACGUCUUCAGCAUCUCCUGUUCAAAUGUUUGUUUCUUGUUGUUUGAAGAUAAAAACUAAAUAGAGAAAAAAUAAGAUUAUAGAUUUUACACCUUCUAUAUUGCUAAAGAGCGCACUGUUAUUUCACAUAUUUAUGGCUGAAUCCAGAUUU